AUGUCCUUGAAAGCGGCCGUUUUAGUUGGUGGUGCAUGGAAAGGUACACGGUUUCGUCCAUUAUCGUUGCAGUUACCUAAACCUUUAUUUCCUAUUGCUGGUGUUCCGCUUAUCGAACACCAUAUCGAACAGCUCUCUAAACUUACAAGUCUCACGGAAAUAUUUCUGAUUGGAUUUUAUCCGGCCAGACAAUUCGAUGAAUUCAUUUACGAUUGCGAGGCGAAAUAUUCUAUCAAAAUUAGAUAUUUGGAAGAAUCAGAAGCUCUUGGUACUGCGGCUGGAUUACAUUAUUUUCGUAAAGAAAUUCUUCACGACAAUCCGUCAGCAAUAUUUGUCCUAAACGCAGAUGUUUGUGGAGAUUUACCUGUAUCAGAAAUGGUGGUUGAGUUAGAGCGAAAACCAGAUGCGCAAUGUCUGUUGCUUACAAGCGAAGCCACUCGGGAGCAAUCAGUCAAUUUUGGUUGUGUUGUGAUCGAUGUUGAUGGAAAAGUUUUGCAUUAUGUCGAUAAACCAACAACUUUUGUAUCACAGCAUAUCUCUUGUGGUGUUUAUCUUCUUCGCAAAGAAGUGAUUGAUAGAAUUGGUAAAGCUCUGAAGAAUUCUGAAACUCGGCAGGUUUGGUUCGAAACAGAAAUAUUUCCACAAAUGGCUGCCGAUGCAUCGAUCGUUGCAUUACAUACAAAUCGUUGGUGGAGUCAAACAAAAACAGCUGCUGCUGUUUUGUAUGCAAAUCGUCAUUAUCUUCGCUUAUAUCGAUCAUCAGAUUCGCCUAGAUUGUGCAGAAAUCGAGCUCAAAUAAUUGGCGAUGUGUUCAUAGAUUCUUCCGCUGAAGUAGAUCAAACGGCAAAAAUAGGUCCGAACGUUAGUAUAGGUGCAAAAGCUCGUAUUGGAGCUGGAGUACGAAUAAGAGAAAGUAUUGUAUUGGGUGAAGCAAUUAUUAAUGAACACGCAUGUAUCCUACAUUCAGUAAUUGGAUGGCGUAGUGUUGUUGGAGCCUGGGCAAGAGUUGAAGGUACUCCGAUAUCACCAAAUCCAAAUAUACCAUUCGCAAAACUUGAUAACAAGCCACUGUUUAAUGUUGAUGGUCGCCUUAAUCCUUCAUUAACGAUUCUUGGUUCAGAUGUUCAUGUACCUGCUGAAACGGUUCUUUUGAAUUCUAUUGUUUUGCCUUAUAAAGAAUUAAGUUCCAGUUAUAAGAAUCAGAUCAUUCUUUAA